CCUGAUGCUUGCGGACCUUCGAGCAUUGACUUGUUUAUUUGUUGUGUGGAAGCUGUUACUCCUCUGCAUAGCUUAUGCUAGCCCCGGACCCGGCUACGAUACCUCUACCACGUUGCUUUUGGCCCGUGCGCAGCCCUCGGUAACUGAAAAUACCCUUCUGGAAGACUUUGCGAAACGACUCGUGUCGAACCUUGUUCGCUGGGACGCCUUGUACUUUGUGAGUGUUGCUCGCCGAGGUGUGGUUUUUGAACAAGAAUGGGCUUGGGGUUGGGGCUAUACCAAGUUCCUCGCCUUGGUCUCCAAAGGUUGGUCCAAUAUCUAUAAGUUCAGUAGAGUGCCUGGGCUGAAUUCAACAUCAGUCCUACCGAGUGCAUCUUCGCAACCACCACUAUUUGUUCAGGCAUAUGCAGGAGUGCUGAUUUCUCAUGUCUCACACCUGUUGUCUGUUUUCGUGCUCUAUGGUUUGGUCAAUCGCUUGCCCAUCGUGGACAAGCCUCGGCGUCGUAAGAUUGCUUUCAUUGCAGCAUCUCUCCAUGUCUUUUCUUCUGCUGGCUUGUUCCUUUCUGCACCCUACUCCGAGAGUCUCUUCGCGUUGCUGAACUUCUUUGGUGUUUUUGUUCACGCUGGUAUUCCAUGUGAAAUGCCCCUCGAAGAGUACGGAUUGUCCUCACUGAUCUCUCUCCUGUUGUCUGGCGCUAGCUUCGGUCUGGCUACCACAGUCCGCAGCAAUGGUAUCUUCAGCGGACUCAUCUACUUCUAUCACGUUUACAUGUUGUACUACUCGCGGAUCACCAUUCGCACGAUCGUGACGAUUGCGGUUAUUGGAUUAUCUGCCGCGAUGAUCUUGUCGGGUAUGCUACUGCCUCAGUAUAUAGCGUACCAGGACUAUUGUGUAGCACCAUCAGACGGCAACCUCAGACCAUGGUGUUCGCGAAGCCUGCCCAGUAUUUAUUCUUGGGUACAAGAACACUACUGGAAUGUGGGCUUCCUCCGCUACUGGACCGUCUCUAACAUCCCAUUGUUCUUGCUAGCAUUGCCAAUGCUUUGCAUUCUCAUCGGUACUGGACUCGCUGCUCCAAGACUGAAGUUGGAAACUGCCAGACAAUCUUCGAAACAGCACUUCAACCAUGCGUCGGUCUAUAUUUCGUGCCUGGCUCUCCCACAGAUCUUGUUGGCUAUCUUGGCUUUUACAAUCUUCCACGUCCAAAUAGUCAAUCGCAUCGCUACUGGCUAUCCGAUUUGGUAUAUUGUUCUAGCAGCAGCUAUCGUGUCGCCGAGCAUGACUAGCAGAGACGAUAAGACAAUUCGUUCAAAGGACGCUUCAUCACUUGUCGCAACACUCCAACAUCAUCUGAGUAAGCAAUCAACGCAACAACUCGUCGUUCGAGGAAUGUUCAUGUAUUCCAUUAUCCAAGGUGGUUUAUAUGCUAGCUUUAUGCCUCCAGCU